UCUCCCGAUCACAACCUGUGCGAAUCAAUAAUUGAUGAUGACAACUUAAAACUGCUGACUCUGACCAGUCGAUAAAAAGAGUUUUGUUGAUCCAGAUGUAAAUUAGUGUUAAAAUCUGUUGCGUUUCUUUACAUAGAAAAAGACAGCGGUUGACAGAAUGAACGAAGACGUUGUAUCUGGAUAAAUCUGUGAAAUUAUAUUACUGGACUAUUUUAAAUGAACAAUGUCGGAUUUGUCAGAUAAUCCUCAUUUAAAAGCACUUUUGGAAAGUUCAUUGAGCUGUGUAAAGACGCCAGAUGACGAUGAUCUGUAUUGCAAUACUACUUCAGAUUUCUUUGGGUGCUGGAAUUUUACGAGAGCUGGCACGGCAAUGACAAAACCGUGUCCUUAUCUUCCAGGCUUCAACACAAAAGAAAUGGCAUAUAAAAAUUGUUCAGAAAAUGGUACAUGGGAACGUGCUAAUUAUAUGAAAUGUCGAAUGACCAGAGAAAUUGAGGAGGAUUUGAACAAGGAAGUGUUGAAUGCUUUUCGUCAUAUAUACAUAUCACUGGUUGGAUUUUCUAUAUCAAUAACCCUAUUGGUGAUAUCAUUAUUUAUAUUUUUCAAAUUUAGACAACUACGUUGUGACAGAAUAACCCUGCAUAAAAACUUGUUCAUUUCUUAUUUACUGACUGCCAUUAUGUAUAUCCUGUAUAAUGUAUUGGUUAUAAUGGAUGGUGAUGUACUCCAUGAUCAGCCGAUUUGGUGUGUUGUGCUUCACGUUAUUACACAAUAUUGUGUUGUGAGUAAUUUUGCCUGGAUGUUCUGUGAAGGUGUUUAUCUUCACACUAUAAUGGUGAAAACGUUUAUUACGGGUAAAUGGCUGAUUAUUGUGUGUACCGUUAUAGGUUGGGUGUGUCCGUUUGUGUUAGUUGGAGUUUAUACAGCAGUAAGAGCCUCAAGCAAAGAUGAUAAUAUACUCUGUUGGCAUCAAGAAAGUACAUUACAGUGGAUAAUGUAUGCUCCAGUAGUAGCCUCUAUUUUUUUGAAUUUGAUUUUUCUGUGCAAUAUAGUGAGAUUGUUGAUAACAAAAUUACGACAAAUACCAGAAGCAGGACAGACAAGAAAAGCCACAAGAGCAACAUUAAUACUUAUUCCAUUGCUUGGUAUUCAGUACUUAAUGUUCCCAAUUAAACCAGAAGAAGGAUCUAGUUGGGAAGAAGUUUACCUAAUAGCUGUAGCACUUCAUUUAUCAUUACAGGGGGCGUUCGUUUCUAUCAUAUUUUGCUUCUGCAAUGGAGAGGUUAUAACAGUAAUAAAGCGUAAAUGGGCUCUUCACAGGGAAAGUACCUUUACAAGUAAAGGCCGUUACAGAGCGCCUUCAACCAUAGGCACGACAUCUUACACCCUUGUGGAUCACAUGUCCGGUGUUGCUACAUCGGUCACGUGAUCAGAAGUCAAGUGAGACAAUAAAUACAAUGUUUCAAGAUAUCAUUGCACAAAGGUAACUAGUGAACAGUAAGUAAAAAGAAUGUGCUACCGAUUUUAAGAAUGAUCGUUUUUCAUUAAGUGCAGUAAAUAAUCUUUAGAUUAAUGAAUUACUACUGAAAACCUAAAGAAGAAGAAGAAGAAGAAUAUGUUGAGCUAUGAACAACAUAAUUAUAAAAAGGUCAGCCCCGUCUAAAAUGGCGACUUGGUUGUCGAUAGAACUGAUUUGUAAUGUAUAUAGAAUUCUAUCUAAAUGCAAAAUAUAUUUCCGGGUAUCUGUUUCAUGUGAUAAACAAUAUUCAAAGAUAAUUAUAUAUAUGUUACAGUAAACUUCAGAAUAUAUGACUAUGAUAUGUAAUAUGUACUCCCGGUGUUGUUUGUUUCAGAAAUAUUAUAGCAAAACAUUAUCAAAUUUUAGUUUAUUUUUCCUCGUCUGUCUUUCUGUGUAAUGCGUACAUAUUGAAAUUGCUAUUUACUGUA